GCGUAUCUUAGCAACGGAACGCUUCUGUUAGCAGAGUGUCGCUGUUACCGGAAGACAUUUUUUAUUGGUUGAUAUCGAUAUAAAAGUAAUUCCAGGAGACAUGGCAGAAGCGAAUGGAGCAGAAAGUGAAACUGAGUGUGGAACACAUGUUGGAGAGGAGACAUCUGUGGAUGAUCAGGUGGAAAAAGAAAAAGAGCUCCACACAGAAAAUAAGAAUGAUAGAGAGAUGGAAGGAGAUAACCCAUCCAGCCACGUGUACACAGCUACCACAGUGUCCCUCAAAGCUGAAACAGAGAAGCGCCUUCUAACUCACCCACUGACUCUGAACUGGGCGUUUGGGAUCAACAGGUCCCUCCCUGUCUUUAGCCUCUUGGAUGAAGACCGUCUUGUCAUCCUGUACGCUUGUUCUAACGUAGCUGUCAUACAUGACCACACGUCUAAUUCGCAACAUCUGCUGCAGGGUCACCGCAACCCCAUUUCCUGCCUGUGUGUCAGUGAGGACAGACGCUGGAUUGUGAGCGCUGACCAGGGUCCCGACAGCCUUGUGAUCAUAUGGGACUCGUAUACAGGGAUCCCUGUUCACACCAUGUUCGACUGUCAUCCUGAGGGUGGUGUUCAUGCUGUGGCGUUGUCCAAGGAUUCGAAAUAUCUGGCGACCGUUGGAGCCGGAACAGUUCAGAAAGUCUGCAUCUGGGAUUGGACUAAUGAGACUGAAGGUCCGGAAUGCCAGGUAGACAUCAACUCAAAGCUUGGUUGCCAGAAACACAUCGUUUUCAACCCUACUGACAGCACAAGGCUUCUCAGUAACAGUGCAAAUCAUGUCGUCUUUUACACCUGGGAGAAAGAAUCCAUGCGAUAUGAAGCUCCUGAAAUUUCCAAGACAUUCAAAACAGCAGUGGGUUGCAUAAGUCAGACCGUUUUCCACGUUGGAGGCAUGCAGGCGUUCUCAUGUACGCUGGCAGGGAACAUGGUGGUGUUCGAUAUGCUGAGGUCGAGCCCAGGGCAAGGGCAUACUAUGCGAGCCACUAAAUUAGUCCCACUACAGAAGGAUGGGAUUACUGUGAUGACAUGGUGUGACAGCUUUCUUGUGACAGGAGAUGUUAAAGGCCAUAUCCGAUUCUAUGAUGAAAACCUCAAGAGUGUUACCUGCUUAAUCGACUUCGAUUUAGACCCCAUCACAUCCAUUUCCCUGUCCAAGGAAGUUCCAGACGUUAGUGGUGGCGCAUUUACAGAAGAUUGCAUCCUGAACGCAGCACCGUUUGUCAGUAGAAAUCUUGUCCUGUCGACCGCGAGGGCCUCUGUAGUGCACGUUAAAGUACAAAGCAGGACCGCUCAGACUUUAAUGCGAGAACAUGCAGAGCCACUGAACGCAGUAGCCUGUCACCCUAAACAUGCUCUCGUAGCUAUGGGCAGCCACAGCGGCAUCCUGAAGGUUUGGGACUACGAGCGCAAAGUGACUGUUUGCAGCAAAAUGUUUCACACAGAAGAGCAGAUCCAUUGCAUCGCCUAUGAUCCUCAAGGCUUUUACCUGGCUGUCGGCUUUGUCAGCGGGCUUGUGAAGAUUCUGGAUCCGUGUACUUUAGAAGAAGAAGGAGAAGGGAGCUUUAAAUACAGCCAAGACUGCAUUACCCAUCUCACGUUCUCUCACGACUCCUCUUACCUGGCCGCUGCGGACACAGGGAAAGCUGUGAUGGUGUUUCAUCUAUAUAAGGAAAGAUCUCAGUGUGUGUGGCAGUACCUCGGGAGGCAUCGUUCACACUACAAGCCUAUUCAGGACCUGUUGUUCGGGGUGUACCUGGACAGCACCAAGCCACGCCUGCUCUCGCUGGGAAUGGAUCGUAGACUAGUCGAGUACGACCUGGCGAACAGCACAAAGGACGAUUUGUUGAUCCUCAGCUCAGAACGCGUCGAGCAAAGUGCCGUCCCUACGUGCAUGGCCUGGUAUCCACCUUUAACCACGGAGCACUUCUUACUGUUCGCAUCUGACCAGUACAAACUGAAACUACUCAAUGGCACCACAAAGAUGUGCAGAAAAACAGUUCUUGGACCCACAUAUGGUUCUCCAGUAAAAAAGAUACUGAUCCUGCCACCCUCUAACGACGGAGAUCCGAAUUCCCGUUACAUGGCUUAUAUAACGCAAAACAUGGUUGGGCUCCAGAUCCUGCCUGUCGACGGGAACCCACACAAGUCCUCAGCCCUGAUAUGUCACUCUUCAGGUGUCUCGCAUCUGGCUUGCUCGCACGACGGCAGAUACGUUUUCACCGCCGGCGGCGAGGACACCGCUGUCUUCUUGUGGGAGAUCAGCCGACCUGCUUUGGAGGCAGCCGCUGCUUUGGGAGGAAAAGACCUGCUUCCUUUUUAUACUCUUUUAGAAGGAGGGCAAGAUGGAGAGCUUUUUGAGGCCAUAAAGGAUUUGUUUUAUUACUGUCAGUUGCGCAGUCAGGGCAUCGACUCGAGGGAAACUAAAAAAGUGUCUACUCGUAUCCCUCUUUCCGAAGUUCCCUUUCUCACCAGAGCACUUGGAUUUUACCCAACAGAGCAAGAGUUGGAAGGUAUGCAGAACGAGGUCAAAUUCAGUCGUUAUGCUGAGACAGAAAAGUAUGUAUCUGGCCUUGACCUGGAGGAGUUUAUUAAGUUGUAUAUCAACCAUCGGCCGGCCUUUGAAAUCUCCAAGAAAGACCUCCACAAGGCUUUUCAGGUGCUGGGUGUGACACAGGAAAACAGCAAACCGGUUAUCACCCGAGAAGUGCUCCUGGAGUUACUCCAGACUAGAGGUGAACACAUGACUGAGGAGGAACUGGCAGAAUGCUUUGUGACCUUGUUGGGCUUCAGUGUGGAAGAAGGACAGUCUGAAACGCAGAUGUUUGAGUCUAAAGUCUCAGAGUUACUGUUGGAAAGCGAGCUCCCCCCAUACAUCACCAUGGACACGUUUGCUGCAGACAUCCUGGGAUUUCCCAUGAGUACUCAGGAGCUCCCUGCACAACAGCAGCCCCUCUCCUCGGGGGCUUCUGAAGUCUCUUUUGAGACGGUGUGAGCGCUUUCGGUUCAGGGGAUACGACAUGGAACACUGUAGCAGUUCGUGAAUCAAACCCACCAAAAAUCUCAUUUUUUGAGAUAUUAGAAGGAGUGUAAUAAAUUCAGGUUAAUGUGUAAUAAAGGAUAAAAUACAACAGGGCAUGAGAGUAUAUUGUUCAUUUUGUGGCUUUAUUUUUAUUAUAGCACUGUAUUUAAUCCAAUUUUAUUACACCAUGAACAACAGGACAACAAAUCUUUCUUUUUAUACUGUAGUUACAUUGAAUGCAUGGAACAUAGACAUUUCUUCAGAAUAGCAUCUAUAAUGCUGUUACUUCAUAGUGCAUGUGCACUGGUGUGGUGUUGGGAAAGACGUUGACGAUUGCAGGUGGGCAGCCAUGUGUUCAUCACUUCCUGUUAUCACUCACGUUGUAGCAACAAUAAAGUUGUUUGCUUAAAAAAAAAA